CGCACCUCCAUUCAUCUCCUUCACCCGCCCUCGCAAUCAUGGUCGGCGAUGCUGAAUCGCCGGCAGCUCUGCCCCUUCUGCAGGUGCCGCCAGAAAUCCUCGAUCGAAUCACCUGGCAUCUCCACACGACAGAGCUCUGCAACUUUCGCCUUACGUGCAAAUCUGCCGAGCGGGCCGUCCAUUUCAGAUUCACCUCGGAAUUCUUCACGCGCAAGCAGUUCAUGGUUUCCGAGUUCAGCCUCAAGGCCCUCAUCGACAUCUCCAAAAGCCGUCUCGCUGCCCAUCUGCGCCAUGUACACAUCAGCCUCGAUCAAGUCGACGAGACGGCCAGCUCUCGCGUGACCAUGUCGCCAAAGACUCGCAGCCUGUACCAGCAACGCCUGGCCGAGCAGAGCACUCUUUGGACACUGGGGCUGGUUUCCAAAUAUCUCGCUGAUGCCUUCUCUCGUCUGCCGAAUCUGGAGACGGUUGCGCUCCGCGACUUCAACUCGACGAGGAGGUCUCGGGAUGGCCCUCGCGCGCAGUGGCGCAGCUACGGCUCCCAAACGCUUGCCGGAGAGACUGGUGCUCAUCCAGUCACCAGCCAGCUUUUCAACUGGGGCAGUGCGGCCCUGCUUGACAGAGCCAACGUCCUCUUCAAGGCCAUCAUCCACGGCCUGGGCCUGGCGAAUGUGAGACUCAAGAAUCUCGAAGUCAUGGAGAGGAACGGCAACCUGCUGUUCGACUCUGCUUUUCACUUGCACCCAGAUUUCGAAGCCGCCUAUGCUCCUGUUCUUGGAAAUCUCCAAAAGCUGCACCUCUGCAUUGACGUUUACUGGGCUACUGCCCCCCAUGCUGCACAGCCAUAUCACCAGAAAAAUCUCAUCAAAUUUCUUAGCCAUUGCCAAGGCCUGGAAGAACUCCGCAUCAAUGGGAAACGCAACAGUUACAGCAAAGGCAGUCGUCUGAACCUCCAUCUCUUUAUGAGCUGGCUCGCAUCAUCAGAAGCGAAGCCUCUAUCGCAGCUCCAAUCGGCCGACAUCUCGGUAGAUAGCCAAGAUGCUCCCCCUGCAGUCGAAUUUCCGCAGCUGUCCAACCUCAGCUUGGGAAUGAUGGCUCUUACUCUCGACGAGACCGUUCAGCUCAUCACCAAGUUUGCCGGCUCACUCCAGCGCCUGGAAUUAUGGAGAUUCCAACUGAUGGCCGAUCCGGGCACUGAUGUCGACAUGGAGGAGAAGAAGCAGAAUUUAUACAUUAGCCUCCUGAAGAGGCUUUUGGCUAUACCAAACCUCAAUCUCCGACAUAUCAAAUUGGGCAUGCUCCAACAGAUGCUAGAUGUCAGCGGCAGGUACAAUAAGAUGCAAGCCAUAGAAUUCACCAAAGACGAGCCGGCCAGCACGGAUGGCGAGAAAGACGCAGCCGCCCCGGCUGCUCAGCAUACCAGACGAAGGCCAACAAAUAACUCGAUGGAAUAUACGGGCUCAGACUGGAGACAUUUUGUGCGCCAUGAAAUGAUGCCCCGACUGCACAUAAUCAACCCUGAUGAGGGCGUGGAUCGACUUAGCUCUGACGAAGAACCAGAAGACCUUAGCGAAGAUGACGAAGACGAAGAAAUGGAUGAGUAACUAGACUGGAUGGAUUUGAAGAAAGAUUAGCUAUUGGCUGGGUAAUGAGGCGAUUUUGGCACUUUACGAGUUAUGACAUUUGGGUGUAAAUUAGGUUUGCUGUCUAUCAAUAUCGGCCCGGCUGAUUUGGGCUCUCAAGAAUAAAUUGACAAUUAUUGCUACGUAAAGAAUGGCUGCAACAUGUG